GCUGCAGGGAGAGGAGCACAGCAGUUACCCUGGUGCUGCAUGCAGCUGCUGCCACAUCCCAGCCCUUGUGCACAGGGAAACGGCGACGCGCUCAUGCAAAGAAGCUGGCCCCUAUCAGAGCUCACUCAGAGGUGGUAAAAAACCAACGCCAGCCAACUCUUACUCAAAGAAAUAUGACCAAUGCGAUGCCUGAGCUGAGCCUUAAGAGAAUGGAGGUGGAAAGCAGCACGCACGAUGUCAGCCCCAAUCCAGGAUGUUCUGCAGCUCCACCCUGAGAUUUUCCUGCUGGGACAGAGGGUGGGAAGAAGGAAGGACACAAAAAACGCACCCAGGAAACCAAGAAUGGUUGCUGAGCCUACAGCCUGUGCCCCAAAGCUCCCAUACAACAACUGCACCAGGAGCAGCUGCACAGAGGAGAAAAGCCCCCAAGUUUAAUCCCAAGGGAAGAAGGAACCUGCUGCUGGACUGAAUGCCAGCUCAGGGUGGAGCUUCGUGCCAGGUGAAUACAACAGCCAGGUUUUGCUGUGAUGUUCAGCACUAAUAUCCAACACGUUGGCUUUGGCCUGCCUGCCACGCUGCCCCACCAGCUGGUAGGGUUGAAUUCAGAACCAGCUCUCAAACAACAUGAAAACACGGGUUUUUGGUGUUCUGUGCUCAGCUCUGUGCCUAACAGCAGCAAUGCAGGAGGAGCAGAGGGGCAGACACUGCCAGCGUAAGAUCACAACCAUUGAUACGGCAUCUCCAGCCCAUGGGGUGACACAGAUGCCCCCCAAACCAUCCCCCUAAUUCUAUAGGGAUGCAUUCUGCUCCAUGCCAGGGCCAGGCUGCUUCCAGUAGAACCCACAACCCACCAUCCCUUCCACUCUUCUUUCUACCAUCCCUUAAUUACCACACGGACACGGGCUUUUAAAAUGGUCUGUUAUGAUGCAAUUAUGAAUUAACAUUCGCUGCUAAUUAGCAGGCAGAUCAGCUGCUGUAGGUGUGCUUUUAACGAUCUGCCUGUUAAACACCCUCAUUGUUCAGUGAUUGCUCACCACAGUGCUCACACUGCCCUGGAAAAGGACUUUUGUGCCAACCACAGCCCAUUCCCAGCUCAAAUUCCCACCAAGAGCUGCAAAGGGACAUGGUGGGCCUGGCUCUGCUCAGCACCAAGGCUGAAGGAACCUGCCCUACUGCUGUCCCAGGCUGGUAAACCUGUUUUACAUUUCUUACAAAGGUUAAGUGAGGUCUUGGAGGGUGAAGCUGGCAGCCCUCAUUAGAAGGUCAAGAGCUUUCCAAUAAGCGGGUCUCAAUGUGUCCCCGUGCUGCAGAACAACCCGCUUUAGCCUUUCUGUAACAGCCAUAUGGAAGUGCCCAUUGCAGGAACACAGCCCUGGAGCUGGGGGAGCCCCCUCGGGCAUCCUGUGCAGGAAAACCUUGGAGUCAAGUCUGCUGCAGUGGUGCAUCAGGCCCAGCACUGCCAAGGAGCAAGGAGGGGACUGGGCGCUGCUCUCAGCCAUAGGUGGUGCUGUGCAGGGCAGGGGUUGGGCCACAAAAGGUCUCUUCCAAGCUGGGGAAGCCUGUGGUUCCACGCCUGCCCCAGCCCAUGGCUCACAGACCAGCAGAUCCCACCUCCUUAUCCAAAAACAACCUGCCCACAUCCUCCCCCACCGCCAGACCCAGCAGGCGGAUGGGAGCUGUCCAAACAGCAGAUUGGGGUUAACCCAAACACUGAGACUGAACCAAGCUCAGGAUCCAUCACUAAACAUGGUGCUGCUGCAGCUUUCUGCCUCCUCCUGCAUCCCUGGGCCGUGCCAACAAGGAGGGAUGCAGCUCUCCUCGAGCAUGGAGUGGUCCAAGAGCUGCCCAGUGCCAACCUUCCCCCUGCACACUGCCACACUUUGUGCUCCACUCCUGCAAUUAAAAUGCCAUCGGAGGAAAGCUCUCCUCCUGCUGCACCCCAAGCUAGGUGUGAGCUGUUGUGCAAGGCUGCUCUGCUGCAAUGUUUAUCCUGGGAAGCAGUGUCAGCGGGAGCAGCUGGAGCCUCACAGGUGGGCUGCAACACGUCAUGGUCAGCAAGGGGCUGCAUGCCAUCCAUUCCCAAAGCUGCCAUCAGGCUCAGGGCAGCGACACUGUUGAGAAGAGUGAAGCUUUUCCUCCUGCCAUGGUACACAGGCAGCUCUCACAAGCUGGAGUGGCAGAGCUGUGAUCUGCAGGGCAGUUGGGAAUGCUGUGUUGUUCAUGCAGGACAUGGCAGCAAGCAGUGAUGGGGUCAGCCUUUAGGAAACAUGGACAGCUGUAUGAUGGGCUGAUGGCCUCACCACCAUCCCAGCCAGAAGGAGCUGCUGCAAGCAGGCAGAGCUGAUCCUCACCUUUCAAAUCAAGCCCCAGAAGACCCUUUGGCCUGGGACAGGGCUGCAGGAUGAAGCUGUUAGGAGGAGGCUGAGAACAUGUUGCUUUCCUUCCCCAAACAGAGCCCUGAGCUGCUCUGCCCCCAUCCAUCCCAGCGCACACUUGUGAUGGAAACGCUGUUAAGGCUGAAGUAUAAUGAAGCUCUUUGGCUAAACGAUGCUAGCUUCUGAAAGCAGCCUGAAAAGCUUUGUGUCCACUGCCUGAAUGGCCCAGGGAAGAGGAGAAGCCCAGCCUUAAAGCACUACAGCCACAGUCACAAGAGCAGCAGCUGAGGGAUGGGGCAUUGCUGAUCACUGAACCCCACAGCACAGCUUUCCUUCCAGCAGCACGCUGCCAUAAGGAACACAGGAACCACCUCCUUGUGCUCACAGCAGGAGCAGCUUUGGGCAGCUCACAAGCAGCAGCAGAACCCCCAACAUACAGUCCCAUACCAGGAGAUCCCCUUCACCUCAGAACCACCAAUACUCCAGUGUUUGAGGGAGGAGGAAAGAGCAGAUGGGGCUCCUAAUGGCCCCCAGACCCAAGGGGAUGCUGUUAGCAGCUCCUGACGGCACGGAGGAGGCUGAAGUCCUAUUUCUCCCUUCCAUUCUCCCUCAGCACCACUUAUUUUUAGCAGCUCUUGAACACGACCGGCCGGAGCGACCCGGGGGUGGCAAAGAAAAAAGGCACCGGUUUCAUCUGAGCCUUAACAACACUUGGGAGGUUCAAAGUUACAACAGCAAAAAAGAAAAAACUAAGUCCCUUUGGGGGGAGAAAGGGGAGAAUUUGGCUGUUUCAGUACAAAUAUCAGCAAAUUCCACAAUAGGGAUCAAAGGGAGCGAGCAGCUCAGUGCGAGGUGACAGCAUCGUCCUCGGCUCUGUGCAUCACAGCCCUCCAGUGAGGCUGACAGGCACCAUGUCGGACAGCAGCCCCCGUCCUCCAAAUCUCAUCCCCUCACUCUCUGAGGUGCAGGAAGCAGUGGGUGGGUGGCCGUCGAGGCCCUUCUCCCCCCAGCACUCCUGUAGCUGCCCCCCAAGGGCUGGGAGAGCCCGCACUGAAGGAAGGAGCCCUAUGAAGCCCCUGGGGUCCAUUCCCACCGUGACACUGGGGGAGUUUCAGCACAGUACAAGCAUUGGGCAGACCCUGAGCCAUGCAGGUAAGGGAUGAGCCAUCCCAACAGCAGCGCCUGCAGCCCAGCACUGGGGAACAGAACGGAAGGAAGCGGAGCUAUGGAGCUAUUGCUGCGGGCUCUUCCCAGCCCCACGUUCCCCCACGCCCGGUGCCCCGUCCCACCUGCAGCCUGCCUGCCUGCCCCACGUCUCCGCUGGUCCCUCACCCUCCAUUACUCACCC